CCGGGAGCGCGGCCUCCGCGGCCCGCGCGCGCCGCCCCGAAGGGCGCAUCUCCACGCCGCGGCCCUGGCGGCGGAGGCGCGCGGGGCGUGCUCGGGCGCGAGGAGCGAAAAGUUGUGCGCCCACUUGGUAGGGGGAGAGCGAGCGAGCCAGCCAGCGCGCGGGAGCGCCGGGGCAGGCGGGGAGGGGGUGGGUGGGGGCCGGCUUGCAUGAAUUUCCAAGUGGCAGACCUGCCUCUGCGCUCUGCCCAAUGAGAUCCGUCAGGGGAGGCACCCGGCUCACUUUUCCACAUCACUUCACAGUUACAUUUGGCAGGCAGGCGGGCUCGCACGCCGGAGCGCUCAGCCCGGAAUUAGUGGAUUUAUUUGGAAUCUCCCUGCCUCCUCGCAGCUCGUCCGCGGUGGCCGCUUUGCGCACGGACCGGAGCGCCCACCCGCCCGCUGCACUUUGGGCCGCGGACACCCCGAGCCCAGCGCGCCCGCCCCGCGUCUCCGCGCCGAGCCCCGCAGCUCCGAGAGGCAUGAACGGAAUCCGGAGGCGCCUGCCCAGCGCGCGGGGACCGGUCGGUGCUCGCCGCCCUCGGGAGCCGACCCCGAGCCCCUCCAGCCAUUUGUGAGCUAGGCAGCUGGAAAUUCGUCCCCGCGGAGCCCCACGAGAGAAAUUUUGAGAAAAAGGAAAGCCAAUGGAUCACAGUCUUAGAAUAACUGCUUAGAAGAUGUCUAUUUUCUGUGCUCUCAGCACAGGGCAGAGAUGUAAGUAAAUGCUCAGCACUGCAUGAUGAAUUGGAUGGCUGCAGACCGGAGGCAAAAAAAAUAAUUGUCUCAUUUUCGUGGUGAUUUGCUUAACUGGUGGGACCAUGCCAGAACGGCUAGCGGAAAUGCUCCUGGAUCUCUGGACUCCAUUAAUAAUAUUAUGGAUUACUCUACCCCCUUGCAUUCACAUGGCUCCAAUGAAUCAGUCUCAAGUCUUGAUGAGUGGAUCCUCUUUGGAACUAAACAGUCUGAGUGAAGAACAGCGGAUUUUAAACCGCUCCAAAAGAGGCUGGGUUUGGAAUCAAAUGUUUGUCCUGGAAGAGUUUUCUGGACCUGAACCAAUUCUUGUUGGCCGGCUACACACAGACCUGGAUCCUGGGAGCAAAAAAAUCAAAUAUAUCCUCUCAGGAGAUGGAGCUGGGACAAUCUUUCAAAUAAAUGAUAUAACAGGAGAUAUCCAUGCUAUAAAAAGACUUGACCGAGAGGAAAAGGCUGAGUAUACCCUAACAGCUCAGGCUGUGGACUGGGAGACGAACAAACCUCUUGAGCCUCCUUCUGAAUUUAUUAUAAAAGUUCAAGACAUCAACGACAAUGCACCAGAGUUUCUUAAUGGACCCUAUCAUGCUACUGUGCCAGAGAUGUCCAUUCUGGGUACGUCUGUCACUAAUGUAACAGCUACUGAUGCUGAUGACCCAGUUUAUGGAAACAGUGCAAAGUUGGUUUAUAGUAUCUUGGAAGGGCAACCUUAUUUUUCCAUUGAACCUGAAACAGCAAUUAUAAAAACUGCCCUUCCGAACAUGGACAGAGAAGCCAAGGAGGAGUAUCUGGUCGUUAUCCAAGCCAAAGAUAUGGGAGGGCAUUCUGGUGGCCUGUCUGGGACCACGACACUCACGGUGACCCUUACCGACGUGAAUGACAAUCCUCCAAAAUUUGCCCAAAGUCUGUAUCACUUCUCAGUACCAGAGGAUGUGGUUCUUGGCACUGCAAUAGGGAGGGUGAAGGCCAAUGAUCAGGAUAUUGGUGAAAAUGCACAGUCAUCCUAUGACAUCAUUGAUGGAGACGGAACGGCUCUCUUCGAGAUCACUUCUGACGCCCAGGCCCAGGAUGGCAUUAUAAGACUAAGAAAGCCUCUGGACUUUGAGACCAAAAAAUCCUAUACACUGAAGGUAGAGGCAGCCAAUGUCCACAUUGACCCACGUUUCAGCGCCAGGGGACCCUUUAAAGAUACUGCAACAGUUAAAAUUGUUGUUGAAGAUGCUGAUGAGCCUCCUGUUUUCUCUUCGCCAACUUACCUCCUUGAAGUUCAUGAAAAUGCUGCUCUCAACUCCGUGAUUGGACAAGUGACUGCUCGUGACCCGGAUAUCACUUCUAGUCCUAUAAGGUUUUCCAUUGACCGGCACACUGACCUGGAGCGACAGUUCAACAUUAAUGCAGAUGAUGGGAAGAUCACGUUGGCAACACCACUUGACAGAGAAUUAAGUGUAUGGCACAACAUAACAAUCAUUGCCACCGAAAUUAGGAACCACAGUCAGAUAUCACGAGUACCUGUUGCUAUUAAAGUCCUGGAUGUCAAUGACAACGCCCCUGAAUUCGCAUCCGAAUAUGAGGCAUUUUUAUGUGAAAAUGGAAAACCCGGCCAAGUCAUUCAAACAGUGAGCGCCAUGGACAAAGAUGAUCCCAAAAAUGGACAUUAUUUCUUAUACAGUCUUCUUCCAGAAAUGGUCAACAACCCGAACUUUACCAUCAAGAAAAAUGAAGAUAAUUCCCUCAGCAUUUUGGCAAAGCAUAAUGGAUUCAACCGCCAGAAGCAAGAAGUCUAUCUUUUACCAAUCAUAAUCAGUGAUAGUGGAAAUCCGCCUCUGAGCAGCACCAGCACCCUGACCAUCCGGGUCUGUGGCUGCAGCAGUGAUGGUGUUGUCCAGUCUUGUAAUGUUGAAGCUUAUGUCCUUCCGAUUGGACUCAGUAUGGGCGCCUUAAUUGCCAUAUUAGCAUGCAUCAUUUUGCUGCUAGUCAUCGUGGUGCUGUUUGUGACUCUGCGGCGACAUAAAAAUGAGCCAUUGAUUAUUAAAGAUGAUGAAGACGUUCGAGAAAACAUCAUCCGCUACGAUGAUGAAGGAGGAGGCGAGGAAGACACGGAGGCUUUUGACAUUGCAACUUUACAAAACCCUGAUGGAAUUAAUGGAUUUCUACCCCGUAAGGAUAUUAAACCAGAUUUGCAGUUUAUGCCAAGGCAAGGGCUUGCUCCAGUCCCGAAUGGUGUCGAUGUUGAUGAAUUUAUUAAUGUGCGGCUCCACGAGGCAGAUAAUGACCCCACAGCCCCACCCUAUGACUCCAUUCAGAUUUACGGCUAUGAAGGGCGAGGGUCUGUUGCUGGCUCCCUCAGCUCCUUGGAGUCCACCACCUCAGACUCAGACCAGAAUUUUGACUACCUCAGUGACUGGGGUCCCCGCUUUAAGAGGCUGGGUGAACUCUACUCUGUUGGUGAAAGUGACAAAGAAACUUGACAGUGGAUUAUAAAUAAAUCAAGGAACUGAGCAUUCUGUAAUAUUCUAGGGUCACUCCCCUUAGAUACAAGCAAAAUGUGGCUAUUUGUUUUAGAGGCAAGUUUAGCACCAAUCAUCUAUAAACUCAACUACAUUUUAAUGUUGAACCAAAAAAUUAACAAUAAAAAUUAAAAAGUAUUUGUUAGGAGGUUAUAAAUCUUGUGGAGUGUGAAUUAAAGUAUGUGGAGUGUCUAGAAGUCUUUGGAUAUUUGAUAUUUAUCUGACUACCACAGACAAAGAUUGGGAUCCUGAUUAAUCUAUAGAGAAAUGGUUUAAAAAGAGGAAAAAAUCAAAAUUAAAAGGUGCUUUCUUAGAAAAAUGGACCUGCAAGGAAUUUGCUGCUGAUCUGUGUCUUCUGCAAGGAUUUUUAUAAAUGCAAAUGGUUUUUUCCCCUUCACCAAUAAGGAUCCCGCCACAAAUGAUAAAGCAAUACUUGGUCUGCUGUACAUUCUGACAUUUUGGAGUUGUGGGAGGCCUCCCAGAUGAUUCGGUACGGUGACCACACAUUGUACAUAAUUUCUGGCCCCACUCAUCAGAGACUGAAGAGCAUCUUUAAAUAUUGUGUCGAGCCUUAAAAUAUUCACAUGUUUGUAAUCCAUUCCAGGGUGGGGAUUGCCAACCAGGGGUUGGAGGAGAGCAAUCCCAUUCAAACAGACUUGCUUUCUGGAAGCAGGAUUACUCGUGCCCUCCACUUCAUCUCCUUCCACAAGGACACAAAGAUUAACUGUACCACACAGUGGACCACAUAAGAGACAGAUGGUUUUAUUGCUAGCGCGUGAAUUUAUUUGUUUAAUCCUCGAAAUAAAUAUUUUAUUGAUGUCCAUUAAUGCUUUUAUUUAUUAAGGUUGGUAAUCUAUAGAUUAAGGGACUCUGGAAAAAAACAAAAUUAUAUCCAUUAAUAAUCCUUUAGAUUGUUUUAUAUAAAUAUAUAUAUAUACAAUGAAUGUUUAAUACAUGUACAUUUUGAUGAGCUGAGUAUGGCAGGCAAUAUUAUCAAAAGGGGAGCUAAUAGUCUCUUUAGAGUAGCAAGUGUUAUUGUGACUGGUGAUGGCAGGAACAGCAUUUUCCCAGAGAACUUUUGGACCGUUUUCUAUUUUAUUCAUGAUCCUGUAUUUGGUGUUUUUACUACAAGCACAAACAUCUGAAAGUAUAUUGAUUCAUGUGAAUAUUUAAAUUCUAGACUUUUAGAUACCUACAUCAUGCCCUGUCCCAUAAACAUGCUUCAAGUUGCCCCCACUGUUUUAGAGCAGGAACUGAUUUGUACAUAAUUUUACUGCUUCUGUUUUUAGCGUCCUCUCCCUGAUCUUCAUGGUGAUACACAGAAUGUCUUAGACUCCAAAAGAGAACAGCACUAGAAGAUGUGAGCAUAUUCGAUUUGUAAUGCCAACCUGCCACUUAGGAAUAGAAAAUGUAUGAUAAACUCCAGUACUACAUGCAGAUCAUUUUAAUUUUCUACUUUGCUUUAAUGCAAUAUUGUUUAUUUACUCCAUGUAUUGUAUUCAGAGAAACUCCUGUAUUGUUUCCUACUUUGUGAAAUAUAUUUUUAUAAAUACUUUGGUUGUCAUCACUUUUCUUUCCAAUCAUAUGAAGAGUUUGAACAGUCAUCAACUCUAACUAGAAUCCUUGAAUGUUCAAGUAAAUCAUCCCAAGGAUUGCUUUCAUCUGUACGAGUGUUUGUUAUAAAGAGCCAAGGAGGAGAAAUGGUUUGGCAGUGGCCACACAGCACGAUGCCAGCAGGUACAUUGAAAGAACAUGGUUGUACAUGAAGGCUAGUCCAGCUGUGUCAGUUGGACACAGUUGUUGAAGCAGAGUCAGAAGUCAGAGAUGAGAGAAGAAGCAGGAUUGAUCAGGAAAAGCCUUCGGACUGGGAUGCAAAUCUAAAUCUUAUAAAAGCAGAGAUCAGGAAGCAGGGUUUGGCAAGAAAGUCUUCGCUUAUAAUAUGGACCAACCAAAAAGGUGGUCUAAAUGCAAGACUGUCUUUCGGAGGAGUCUCUAAUCAGGCAAAAAUAGUUGGGCUCUAUUUCCCCUGCCUUCUCAGUCUUCUGCCUUCUCAGUCUUCUCAGACUUGGGGCUGCCUAAAAAGAGCAGAGGGUGAAGGCACCAACAUCUGGAGAGGCCCUCACGGUGAUAGAAACAUGAUGUUUGAGAGUUACACUCAGAAUUAACACUACGCAGUGAUUUUAGUGAGUCCUUAUUGAGUUCCUGUUGCUUGAAAACAAGUUAUCUUCUAUGCUUAUCACUAUGAUUAUUGAGUACUUUUUCUUGAGAUCAAAGUGAUGGUCCAAAUUGAAUUUAAAAUACACCAGGACUUGGCAUAGAGUCUUAAACCAAUGCUUACUUAGUGAAUGUAGAUUAUUAAUAGCUGUUGUAGCUGUAACCAAUAUACUAUUUUGACUAGCUUACACAUUUUAAACCAAGGUGAGAUAUUAUUACAUUUUUUACGUAUCUCUUUUUUACAUCUUAUUUCUAGUCUACUUUGCAGUGAAGUGCCAUAGAUUAGAUACACAAUAUGUCUAGCAGAAAUAUUACACUAUUUUUUUAAGAAGAAAAAAUUCAUAUGUUCUGAUAUUAGCAAUGAAUGGAAUAAGCUUCAUAGAGUUUUUUUGCAGGCAAGAGAUGAUAUCUGGCAUAAGUUGCCCAAAUCUUCCCUCAAAAUUCACAUUACCUGGAAAGGCAGAAUGAACGUGUAAGUCUCUUGUUAAUUUCCUUUGCAAUCGCCAAGCUACUGUUGUGUGCUUACACGCCCAACUAAGGUUUCGUAAGGUUUCGUAAUAUGGUAUAGUACCAUAUUUAUACCAGGGCUGAACUUUACUUUUAGCAUACCUUGAAUUUAAAUAAAGAUCUGAAGAAAAUACACAUACACACACGAGUUGACUUAAGUACUUUUUACUUUAGCAAUAGACUUGCCAGGAUUUCCUUAACCAGAAAAGGCCGAUGAAUUCCAAACCUCUUUUUUUUAGAACUUGACUACUCCGUGCUCACUUCUUUAAACGGUACUUUUUUUAACUUUAUCUAAGUGACUAUUUUUGUCUCUGUGCUUUGCUUUCUAUUGCAGCAAUACUGACAUAUGUCUUACAUAUACAUAGGUGGUUAUUUUUCAAAUAAAAUGUGCAUUCGGUCCACAAGCAUCGUAAUGUAUCUGUAGGUCUUUAUUGUGUCAAGUAUUGUUUCUUUCUGUUCUUGAAACUUAUCCCUGCCCAGGGGUUCACUGCCUAAUGGAGAAAAGCAGUUGAGCUGCAGCCAAGUGAGAAAAGAUUCUUUACUUCUGCUUUCCUCACAAUUCAAGGCUUCUAUCUGGAGAACUGCUGUACCCCUGGGUGACCAGACGCCACCUGGGAGCAAUUCAGCUUCAACCCUGUCCAUUAUUUGACCAUAUCAAAUUACAAAUAUGCCUAUUAAACAUCUGCAAAUGUCCAUCCCAGAGUA